GGCGCGGGGAGCGGGCGGGGCCCGGGCCGCUCCUCCCGCUGCUCCCGGUGCCCGCGAUCCCUGCGCCGUGCCGUAGCCGCAGCGCAGGGAGGCGGAGGAGCGCGGCCGAGCCCGGCCCGCCGCGCUGGCGAGAUGGCGGCGCAGAAGAUUAACGAGGCGCUGGAGCACAUCGCGAAAGCGGAGAAAUACCUGAAAACUGGAUUCUUAAAGUGGAAACCAGAUUAUGACAGUGCAGCUACUGAAUAUGGGAAGGCAGCUGUUGCGUUUAAGAAUGCCAAGCAGUUUGACCAGGCACGGGAAGCGUGUUUACGGGAAGCUGAGGCACAUGAAAACAAUAAAGCUCUCUUUCAUGCUGCCAAAGCUUAUGAACAAGCUGGCAUGAUGCUAAAGGAGAUGCAGAGGCUCCCUGAAGCAGUUCAGCUGAUCGAGAAAGCCAGUAUGAUGUACCUGGAGAAUGGGACACCAGACACAGCAGCCAUUGCACUGGAACGGGCUGGAAAGUUAAUAGAAAAUGUGAGUCCAGAGAAGGCUGUGCAGCUCUAUCAGCAAGCAGCAUCGGUGUUUGAAAAUGAAGAACGUUUACGGCAAGCAUUAGAAAUGCUGGGGAAGGCAUCAAGACUUCUGGUCAGAGGACGCAGAUUAGAUGAGGCUGCACUGUCUCUUCAAAAGGAAAAAAGUAUUUAUAAGGAAAUUGAAAACUACCCCACUUGCUAUAAGAAAACUAUUGCUCAAGUCUUAGUUCAUCUUCAUAGAAAUGAUUAUGUUGCUGCAGAAAGAUGUGUGAGGGAAAGCUACAGUAUACCAGGAUUUAAUGGAAGUGAAGACUGUGCAGCACUGGAGCAACUUUUAGAAGGGUAUGAUCAGCAAGAUCAGGAUCAAGUUUCUGAAGUCUGUAAUUCUCCACUCUUCAAAUACAUGGAUAAUGAUUAUGCCAAGCUUGGUCUUACCUUGGUGGUCCCAGGAGGUGGAAUCAAGAAGAAAUCGCCAAAUGCUGCCCAAGACAAAGCCAGAGGACCAGCUGCAGUGGGCUCUCAUGCUGAUGAGGAAGAGGAUGAAUAUUCUGGUGGACUGUGCUAGCUGCAGACUAGGUUAUCAUAAAUAUCUGACUGACCUGUGAUGUUGAGCAUAUCCAAAGGUACCAGAUUUACCAGAGCUUCAUUGCAAUUGUGAUAUGGGAAUCCUAAUAUUAACUUGGCAGCUUCUGGAUGCAGUGCAGGAGAAAAAGCAUGACUGUACCCAUCAUCUCAAAACAUCUUUGGACUAUCUCUUACCUGGCUGGAGCUUCCUUAGGGCCCUGCUUUCAGCUGAUGGGAAAAAAAUUGGGAAGAGUUUUACUAAAAGCACAGUUUAAAGGAAACCAAAACCUCAGAAGCACUGGAGGGAGAGUGGUACAAAAUUUCAAGUGCUGGAUUUCAACAGCUGACACAUUUGGUCCCAGUAGGAUGUCUGUAGUUGUUUUUGGAGUUAAAUGUAUGAUCAUACAUCUGGCUAUUUAUCUCCUGUUUAAAACCAUUUAAAGCAGACUGUGCCAGGCAGGAUUUUUACUUGUGUAAGCACUAGAGGGAGCAUUCCGUUUGUUUUCAAUGUGUUUUUACUCCACUGGGGAAUAUUAUUUUAAUACCUUAUUUUUUACAGCAUCCACAUGAGUGUGAAAAAGACUAAGUCAGCUAGGUUGAAGUUAUCUUGCAGGCUUAAAAAUACACAUCUGCCUUUCCUCAUCAGAAAUUUAUUGACCUGAAGUACUUGUCCAUUACUUGGAAGUAAAUGUGUCCAUAGUGUUUGUAAUGUGCACCUUAGAAAAGGAGGGUGCGAACAACCAUUCCUAGCAGUGUUUUUGAAGUGUGCCAUAACCAAAAAGGAAACUGAAGUUAGGAGGUAAUGUGCACUGAAUGUAAACUUCUGAAGACAAAUGUUUAACAAAACUUAGGUUUUGUGUUUCAGUGAUAUGUUUGAGUUGUGAGCAUCCUAGGUGUUUAUUUGCUAAUCAGUAUGCUAGUCUGUGAAGACAUUUGAUUCUAUCAUGUUUUCAAAGCAUUGAACAGAUAUCUCCUGUAAGUAGCAUUUUUCAAAUUAGCUUAUGAUCCAAGAUUAUCAAAUUUUAAUGCAUCCUAUUUCUAUUUGAUUUCAAGUCAUCAUGUGUUUUGCAAGCUUCUUUGGUGUCCUAAAUUUGUUUCACCAUUUUAUGCUUAAAAGCUGUCAAGUUGUACUUGUGGCUUGUUUCUUCAGCAGGACCUAAACAAGGUCUGCACUAGGGUGACAUCACUUGGAAUCCAGCAGGGAUUUGUAUGUUAUGCCCAAAGCUCUGUAAACAAGAGAUCAAAAGCACACUCUAAAGGGUUGGGAUAGUUUCUGCCAUAUUAAGGAAUUGGAUGUCAUCAAAGAUAUCAAGCAUAUGUCUGACAAAAUUGUAUCAGGCAUAAUUGUGAUGAAGGUUCAAAUUUUAAAGGGCUAAUGUUCACUUUCCUUGGGGUGAAUAGCACUCAGUAACAUUGAGAUGGGAGCACAAACUGCAGCACAUAUUGCUGUCAUGUUAGAAAGUCACAUUAUUCAAUUUAAUGGGUGUUCAAAACCGAAUUUUGUGUCUUUGUCUUGUGUAAUAAUAACCAUGAGUUUUUAAAUGAUUUAAGAUGUACCUGCAGUUCUUCACUAUCUGCUGGGUGAUUUCCCUUUGUUGAUGAUGUAUAUAAAAGUUUGGUGCAAUGAAAUUUUAGGAAGUGAGUUGCUUUUCUCUGAGAAUGCUUGCAGGUAUACAUGAAAGAUGUUUUUGAAGACUUUCCUAGAAUUCUAGAACUCUUCUAGAAUUUUCGCUGUUGGAGGAACUUCCUUCAGUUUACUGAAUUUUAGCUUCUGGAUUUGUUAAUCAAGUUGAACAUAACACUUAUUAUGGCAAGUCUUUAUCACAGGUAGAAAAAAAUGCACACAUAGGAACUCAGGGAACACCAAGUAAUUUUUUUCAAACAUUUCCUGCUCCUUCUAGUUCUGAAAUCAGUUUUAUUGUGUGAACCCGAGGAGUCUGCUUUUUGUGUGUGAACAAUUGCAUGUAUCUGAAAUGAUGAGGUGCAUAAGAAAACUGGGAACUUCGUGUGCUUCUGUGGAAGAAUUUUCAGAUUUAUUUAAACUGUGCUUGUAAUACUAACAGGCCCUUAAGAGAAAAAUCAAGAUUUAUGUGUUACAUUUUUAAGACAUACUUUCCGUAUGGCCGAAAAAAAAAUAGAUGUGCAAAACUGCACUGUCUUCCCCCCCCAUCUCUCAAGUCGUUUUUUUGUUCUGUGCCAAGUGUGGAAAAUCUGGGACAAAAGUGACUGGUACUAAGCUGCCAUUGAAUUGACAUUUCUGAUUCUUAAAUGUAGAAUCUUAAUCUUUAAUUGCAAUGUUGCUGCAAAGACCAAAUCUGCAGAAAUGGAAGCAUCUGAAAAUAAGGUGGUCUAUUUUAUAUAACUUAUUCUCCUAUUUUACAUAGUGAAAGUGUGUUAGGAAUGUUAACUGCCUUUUAGUAAAUGUUUAACUAUAGAAGAAACUGUCUGUAUAUUAUGUGUUAGUGUUUGUUUCUAUCUUUCAAAGCAAUUUGCACACUUAUGUAAAUACCAUUUAAGUGAUCUAAAAUGGAAAAAUAUAACAUUUACAGCAAGAGAGUUUCCAAAAGCAGUGUUGACUGUAAUAAAAAAAUGAAGUUAAAUUGUGCAUGGAGGCUGAGCAAUGGCUGAUGCAAUGUAUAUGUAAAAUCAGAAGAUUUCUAAAUUAUCUGUAACUUAAUACUCAGAUGAUCAAGUGCAGUGUUAAACCUGUGCUUUACUUGUUCUUUUCCCAGAUCUGUGGUGUGAUAGAGUACAAAAUGUGUUUGCAACAGCUCUACAGAUGCUGCCUCUUGAGAAGAGGCUAUGUGUUUCACCAACAUGAAAAAUAAAACUUGAAAUUAA